AUGCGCGACACCAGAGCCCGCUGGGAGGCGAUUGUCGCCAAGUUUGGCAGCAAGGCCGUCAUCACCGAGGUCGGAUGGCCCUUUGCGGGCGGCAGCUAUGGCUCGCACGUCGCGUCGUACGACAUGGCCGUCUCCUACUUUAACGCGUUCCGCGACUGGGUGCGCCAAGGCAACGGCGGGCCGCUGCCGGCGUACUUUAUGUUCCACGACAACCCGUCCAAAGGUGGGUUUGAAGCCCACUUUGGCCUGGCCGAUGGGAAUGCCAACUGGAAGUUGGAGUUGAAUGCGCCCUCGACCGCACCCGUCCCGAUGGUUCCUACCGACCCUCAGUUUUUGCUGCAAACCGCGACGGGCUCGGUGAUCUACGAGAUGUACAAGCGCCUCUUUGCCUACGCCGAGUCGCCGUGCGCGAACGAGCGCUGGCGCUACAACCGCGCGACGAACCAGAUCGUCUCCGUCUCGAGCGGGCAGUGUCUCGACGCGUACCUUGCGAACGCCCGCUUCUACGUGCAC